AUGGCUCGGGGUAACCAGAGAGAUCAGGCCCGCCUAAAAAGGCAGAAAGAAGAUCAGAAGAAGAAAUCCAAGACUGAGGUCGGCAAGGGUGGUAUACUGGCUAAGAAGGAGAAUGAUGCUGAUAAGAUGAGAGCGAAACAAGCGUUGGCAAAUCAGCGGAAAGAAGCUGAAGCACUUGCAGGGGCGAAGAAGAACUAA